AUGCUGAUUCUCGACAAGUUCAAAUUCGAUCAUCCCGAGUUAAACUUUUCUCGACUUAGGGGUACCCACCGGCGAGCCUUCUACGAUCCUUUCUACAUUGAAUGCCGCGCAAACGGGUCGCUCAUUCAGCAGGGCCUCAAUGGCCGUAUCACUCCCUUUUGUUACGGCUGGAUUGAGGUGUCGAAGUCUGCGGAACUCCAAGUGGCUAAGAGGUUCGACAUACACCCAUUCCCCUGGAAUAGACCUGAUUCGGCGAGGGACCAAAAAAUCAGAGGAAUACUGUUUGAAUGGAAGGAGGGCAAGCCACUCUCGCAAGUCCCUAUUAACGCGAACAUUGCAGCCCAGGCUCGCGCAUCUCUGAGAGCAUUACACAGUGCUCAGAUUACACAUGGAGCGCUCGCAGCGGCUAAUUUUCUCGUUCGAGGCGAGUCUCCCAAUCAGCAGGUCUGCCUACUCGAUUUGAGCGCGUCGAUCUCUCUUCCCCAUGUCAAGUUUUCCGAGGAGGACUUGAAAGAUAUUCAGCAACAAGAGCUGCUACUUCUGGAAGUUGCAUUCGAGUUGUUAUCGAGGCUUUCUAUCAACCAGGGCGUUUCCGUCAGUGAGUUGUCGGCUGACGGGCAGGCGUUUUUGGACAAGGAGUCUCAGUUCAUUCAACAUCUCUGGGCUCCACCCCAGCCUACGUGUUGGCAGGGAUAG